GCCUCGCGGGUGGGGCGGGGCGUGGCCGCGGGCCGGGACCGGCCGGUCCUUCCUCCCCCACGGCCGCUACCGGAAGGGCCCGGCCCGGCCCCAGCGCGUCGCCGCCGCCGCCAGCAUGAGCGAGACAGUGCUGUGCAGUGCCCGGGCAGCGGUGCUGCUCUACGAUGACACCCACAAGCAGUGGGUGGCAGCGGGUGGGGGUCCCCAGACCGUCAGCUGCAUCCAGCUCUACCACCACCCCGGUGCCAACACCUUCCGCCUGGUGGGGCGCAAGAUGCAGCCUGACCAGCAGGUGGUGCUGAACUGCCCGCUGGGGCGGGGGUUGCGCUACAGCCAGGCCACCCCCCAGUUUCACCAGUGGCGGGAGGCUCGCCGGGUCUGGGGGCUCAGCUUCGGGGCCCCCCGCGAGGCUGCCCUCUUCGCCGCCGCCGUCCUGCGGGCCCUGCGGGCGCUGGAGGAGGGCACCCCGCUGUCAUGGCCGGACCCCGAUGGUUCGGCUCCAGAGGAGCCCGAGCACCAGGAGAGGCAGGUGCUGGAGGAGCCUGAGCGCCGCGUGGCGGCUGCAGGCACGCAAGCCAUGCCUGCUGGAGGCCCCCCCCCACCCCCUGGCCCCCCACCGCCUCCAGGGCCCCCCCCACCCCCUGGCCCUCCGCCAGCCACGGGGGUCCCACCGCCCCCACCCUUGCCGGUGGCGGCAGGUGCUGCUGGGGCAGGGGCCGGGGGAGGCUCUGGCUUAGCUGCUGCCAUCGCGGGGGCUAAACUCAGGAAAGUCGGCAAGCAGGAUGAGGCACCAGGUGCGGGGGCCCCCCCCACCCCCCCCAAGGGCGAGGGUGCCCGGGGGGGGACUGGAGGGGGGUUGAUGGAGGAGAUGAGCGCCAUGCUGGCCCGACGGAGGAAAGCGACCUUGCAGGGGGACAAGCCAGCACCAAAGAGGGACGAGGACGUUGCCAGCGACGAGGCAGAGCCAGGCACCAAGACCCCGGGACAGCCUGCGGAGCCAGUGCGGAGGCCCUGGGAGAAGGCCAGCUCCACGCUGCCCAGGAUGAAGUCUGCUGUCCCAGCUGCCCCUGCUGACCCCCCCGGCCCUGCCGAUGAGCCCGACCUGGAGCGAAUGAAACAGGAGCUGCUGGAGGAGGUGCGGAGGGAGCUGCAGAAGAUGAAGGAGGAGAUCAUUGAAGCAUUCAUGGUGGAGCUGCGGAAGCGGAGUGCGCCCUAACUCCCCCCCUGGCCCCUCCAAGAUGGGCCUGGGGGGGUGGUCCCCUACUUCCCCCCAUCCCCAGCCUCACAACCACCCCCCACCAUUUCACCCCCCACACCACCCUGGGGGGGAGGCUCUGGGCCAGACCCCCCAGGCUGUGCCUUACUGGCUGGGGGGGGCCAAAGCAGCCUCCCCCCUCCCCCCCCACUGUGCCACCCCUCACUGCCAGUUUGGGACCUCUUUUUUUUAUACUUGGGGGGGCAAAGGAGAGGUGCCACCCCCAGGGUCUUUUUUACACCAUUUCUGGGUUUUUCACUUUUUUUUUUUUUGGGGGGUGGGGUGGGGGGUGGGGUGGGGGGAGGUUGGGGUAUCCCCCUCCUCUGCCACAAAUAAAUGCGGUUGUUUUGUA